AUGCUUGUGGUGUGCACAUCUUUAGGCCUCCGAAUGGUUGGAGCAGCAGUUUGCAUCAAGGAUCGGAAAGACUGGAAUUGGGGAGGGCUGUACAUACAGCUUGGAUGUUUGCAUCAUUGGCCCAUCACUUGUGAAUUUCUGCUUUCCAGAGCUCUUAUUCCUGCAAAGGUAAGUUUGAGCCACAUGGAAGACAUGCCUUUAAGCCACUCAGGUCCUCAAGGGACACACAGACCAUCCUGGAAGCAAUGGCUCCUCUACUCACCAAUAGUUAUUUUGCUGUUUCUUUGCUCCUUCAGUACACUAAUUCUUACUUUUCUUCCACUCAAGACUGCCAGUGAGCCCUGUGUAGCUAAGUUCGGACCAUUUCCUUCAAAAUGGCAAAAGGCAUCUCCUAAGCUUCCUUGUGUGAAUAAUACAGCUGAUUGGAAACUGAAGAUACUUCAGAAUGGCUUGUAUUUAAUUUAUGGCCAAGUAGCUCCAAAUACAACUUACAAGGAACAAGCUCCUUUUGAGGUGCGGCUAUAUAAAAACAAAGACAUCAUACAAACUCUUACAAACAACUCUACAAUUCAGAAUAUAGGAGGGACUUAUGAAUUGGAUGCCGGAGAUAUACUUCACUUGAGAUUCAACUCUGACCAUCAGGUCCUAAAAAACAAUACAUACUGGGGGAUCUUACUGCUAACAAAUCCCCACUUUAUCUCCUAGAGACUGGAUUUCGCCUCGUCAUUCAUUGUCUUCAGCACAUGCAGAGAAGCUAAUGGGUGGGUUAAAGGAGACAGAUUUUCAACAUCCACAGUUUGUCUGGGUGCACAAAUCAACAAAAACAGAACUCCUCUCUGCCUGUGAGUUUUCAUCUCUCAAGCUUAACUGAAGAUAGGCCAGCAACAUUUGCUUACCCUUGACAUUGGAUCAGCAAAAACACUUUACUAAUCCAUGAUAAAGGACUAUCGGUGGCUUGAGGACAGACGUUUCUUAAGGAGUCUUUGUCUAAUUCUUAAAUCCUUGGGAGGAAAAAUUGUCCUAUAUCCCUGGAAGCCUUACCUGGUAU